GACCAAUUGCGGCCGCUCUAUUCGCAAUGGAGGUUCCACUCUAUCUCCUCUCAGCGGAGCCCGACCGGGGAGGGGAAAAGGAGGGUAAAGGUCGCUCGGAGCACCCAGGCGGGAGGCAGCCAGGACGGGACAGUCUCGCCGCUGGAGCAGCCAUGGCGGAAGAGCCGCAGAAGAAGCCUCCCCCUCCGCCCGUCAGCCCCGUGAAGAACUUCUUCGCGGGAGGCUUUGGGGGCGUCUGCUUGGUCUUCGUGGGACACCCGUUGGACACUAUCAAGGUUAGACUACAGACUCAGCCAAAACCUUUGCCAGGACAGGCCCUGCUCUACUCUGGGACUUUUGACUGCUUCAAAAAGACUCUUGUUCAAGAGGGUGUCCGAGGCUUGUACAAGGGAAUGGCAGCUCCUAUUAUUGGAGUGACCCCCAUGUUUGCCGUAUGUUUCUUUGGAUUUGGCUUGGGCGUAAAACUCCAGCAGAGGACCCCUGACGAAGUUCUGACGUAUCCCCAGCUGUUUGCAGCAGGCAUGUUAUCUGGGGUGUUCACCACUGCAAUCAUGGCUCCGGGGGAGAGGAUCAAGUGCCUUCUACAGAUCCAGGCAGCUGCAGGCGAAACCAAAUAUGCAGGGCCCAUGGACUGUGCCAAACAACUGUAUCGUGAGGCUGGAAUUCGAGGUGUAUACAAAGGCACAGUGCUUACUCUCAUGAGAGAUGUUCCAGCCAGUGGGAUGUACUUCAUGACCUAUGAAUGGCUGAAAAAAACUCUGACGCCUGAAGGUCAGAGUUCCAAGGACCUCAGUGUACCCAGGAUUCUCUUUGCUGGCGGCAUGGCAGGGAUUUUCAACUGGGCUGUGGGGAUCCCACCGGAUGUGUUGAAAUCCCGCUUCCAGACAGCUCCGCUAGGGAAGUACCCCAAUGGCUUCCGAGACGUCCUGAGAGAGCUUAUCCGAGAAGAGGGGGUCAUGUCGCUGUACAAGGGAUUCACGGCUGUGAUGAUCAGGGCCUUCCCCGCCAAUGCUGCCUGUUUCCUUGGCUUUGAAGUUGCCAUAAAGUUCCUAAACUGGCUUGUGCCUGGUCUGUGAGGACCAGCCAAGGGUGUUCCAGGGGGAACUCAACGACUGGGAGGAAGAAUGCAUCUACCUUGGAGGAAUAGGACAGAAUGAUGAAAUGGAAGGAGCUCUAGUUUUCUAACAAUUUUUAAUUGCCUUACUCACACCCUCUGGGUGGAGCUGUAUUGCCAUCUGUGCUCUUGAACCAAAACUCUUCCCAUCCAGAGUCCAAAAGAAGUUCAAGACGCACAACCUGCCUUCUGAACCCAAAGUUACCGCAGUGGGUAACGCUGCUAAAAGAAAACCUUAUUGCUAUUAAUGGGCAGUGAGCCUUUUUUAUUUUUUCAUUUGCCUCCUUUUGGAAACAGGAGGAGGAGGUGGGGAACCGCCACUGUUCAUUUAAUUCUCAGGAGAUAAAUUCACACUUGACUGCUUGCACCACUAUAAGAAGAGUAUUUUGCUUAGACUUGCAUAUAUUGGGUCCGGUUUGCUGCCAGUGCUCGUGUGCAUGCGUCACUGAAAUGCAUGGGAGUUGCGCAGGAGCUCUUGCGCAAAUCCCGGUCCUCUCAUAGAGCUCGCAUGGCACACUUUUACGGCAUUCACUGGUCACAAGUCUCCACUGGUUGCCUUGAUGGUUCACAGCCAGAUAGCAUGGGGGAGCUGUGCAUGUCAAUCUGAACGUAGGGACAGUACCCAAAUGAAAUGUAUAUUGGGAGCCACUGGAUCUAGGCGGUUGAAUCCCUGAGGGGCUGUGAGCCAUGAAUUUAGUGUAUGGUGAGAAUCUCAAAUAGGUGGACUAGAGAGGUAAAGGAUUUUUUUCUGGCAGAUUCCCAUGUUGGCUUGAAAUGAGUGGUCAGCAUAGAAAAUACCUUCUUCCUCCACCCCCUUCUCCGAAAUCCUCUUCCAGUUGGUGCUUUCAGGGUAACAGGACGUAUUCCUGAGCCGCAACUUCAUAAACGCCAUGUUAACCACAUGGCUUAUUUGGGGUACCAAAUAAGGAAUUCUGUUGCUGGCAGUGUCUAUAGCUGUAUAAUGAGGAUUUCACGACGAGGAGGGAUUUUAAAACUUCUGAAGAGGACUGAAAUAGGAUAAUUGCCUUCAGAGUGACUCUGUUUUCACUACAGCUCUGCCUAAAGAGGACUUUUAUUACACAUAAUCGUAUUUUUUUUAACUGAAGCACGUCCAGUGCAUAAACAAUGGAGCCAGGACUAUCAGUCUAGAAAAUGUUUUGCUGGGACAAAUUGAUAUCCUCGGGGGGUUUUUUUUAGGAUUCAAUAAAGUUUGCUGAUUCUCAGCUA